AUGUCUUCUUCAAGGCCAAGUCAUUCAUCUAGCAACUCUGGGAGAUCAAGGCACAGUGUCAAUUUAUCCUCAACCACAGUUGAUGCAAAACUCCAUGCAGAUUUUGAGGAGUCCGGUAGCUCCUUUGACUAUUCAAGUUCGGUGCGUGUAAGUGGAGACCAUCAACUUAGGUCAGACAAGGUUACCACAGCUUAUCUCCAUCAAAUACAGAAAGGCAAAUUCAUCCAACCCUUUGGGUGCUUGCUAGCCUUAGAUGAGAAAACUUACAAGGUCAUAGCAUACAGUGAGAAUUCCCCUGAAAUGUUGACCAUGGUUAGUCAUGCAGUCCCGAGUGUUGGGGACCACCCAGUUCUUGGCAUUGGAACUGACAUAAAAACUAUUUUCACAGCCCCCAGUUCCUCUGCAUUGCUAAAGGCCCUAGGAAUUGGGGAGGUUUCUCUUUUGAAUCCAAUCUUGGUCCAUUGCAAGACUUCUGGGAAGCCCUUUUACGCGAUAAUCCAUCGGGUAACAGGGAGCUUGAUCAUUGAUUUUGAACCUGUAAAGCCCUAUGAAGUUCCCAUGACUGCUGCUGGGGCCUUGCAGUCAUACAAGCUAGCGGCAAAAGCAAUUACUCGCUUGCAGUCUCUGCCUAGUGGGAACAUGGAAAGGCUUUGUGAUACAAUGGUGCAGGAGGUUUUUGAACUCACUGGUUAUGACAGGGUGAUGGCCUAUAAAUUUCACGAUGACGACCAUGGGGAAGUGGUUUCUGAGAUAACAAAGCCAGGCCUAGAGCCUUACUUAGGUUUGCAUUAUCCAGCCACUGAUAUCCCUCAGGCUGCUCGAUUUUUGUUUAUGAAGAAUAAAGUCCGCAUGAUUGUUGAUUGUCGCGCAAAACAUGUAAAAGUAUUUCAAGAUGAUAAGCUUCCUUUUGACCUAACCUUGUGUGGUUCAACCCUAAGGGCCCCACACAGCUGCCAUUUACAGUAUAUGGAGAACAUGAAUUCCAUUGCUUCUCUGGUUAUGGCUGUUAUUGUCAAUGAUGGAGAUGAAGAGGGCGAUGGCCCUGAUUCUGCACAGCCACAACAAAAAAGAAAGAGACUGUGGGGUUUGGUAGUGUGCCAUAACACCACUCCUAGGUUUGUUCCAUUCCCCCUCAGGUAUGCCUGUGAGUUUCUAGCUCAAGUCUUUGCCAUCCAUGUCAAUAAGGAGAUAGAGUUGGAAAAUCAAAUUAUCGAGAAGAAUAUUCUGCGUACCCAGACCCUUUUGUGUGAUAUGCUUUUGCGGGAUGCACCCAUGGGUAUUGUAUCACAAAGCCCAAACAUAAUGGAUUUGGUGAAAUGUGAUGGGGCUGCCUUAUUAUACAAGAACAAAAUAUGGAAACUAGGAGUAACUCCAAGUGAUUUCCAGCUGCAUGAGAUAGCAUCAUGGCUUUCUGAGUAUCAUAUGGAUUCCACAGGUCUGAGUACUGAUAGCUUGUAUGAUGCUGGGUUCCCAGGGGCAUUGGCUCUUGGCGAUGUAGUAUGUGGAAUGGCAGCUGUGAGGAUAACCCUCAAGGAUAUGCUUUUCUGGUUCCGGUCCCAUACUGCUGCAGAAAUUCGAUGGGGUGGUGCAAAGCAUGAACUUGGUGAGAAGGAUGAUGGCAGGAAGAUGCACCCAAGGUCAUCAUUCAAGGCUUUCCUUGAAGUUGUCAAGACGAGGAGUAUGCCAUGGAAGGACUAUGAAAUGGAUGCAAUCCAUUCUUUGCAGCUUAUUCUAAGGAAUGCAUUCAAAGAUAAUGAGACCACAGAUACUAACACUACUGCCAUACAUUCAAAGCUCAGUGACCUCAAAAUAGAAGGGAUGCAAGAACUGGAGGCAGUGACAAGUGAGAUGGUUCGUUUAAUCGAAACAGCGACGGUGCCAAUUUUGGCUGUUGAUGUUGAUGGCUUGGUUAAUGGGUGGAAUAUGAAAAUUGCCGAGUUGACUGGUCUUCCUGUUGAUAAAGCAAUUGGAAAGCAUUUACUCACACUUGUUGAAGAUUCUUCUAUUGAAACUGUCAAGCAAAUGUUAUUACUGGCAUUGCAGGGCAAGGAAGAAAAGAACAUCCAAUUUGAGAUCAAAACUCAUGGGUCAAGGAUUGAGGCUGGCCCCAUCAGUUUAGUUGUCAAUGCUUGUGCAAACAGGGAUCUUCAUGAAAAUGUUGUGGGGGUUUGUUUUGUGGCACAAGAUAUAACUGGUCAGAAGAUUGUCAUGGACAAAUUCACCCGGAUUGAAGGUGAUUACAAAGCAAUUGUACAAAAUCCAAACCCACUGAUUCCUCCCAUAUUUGGCAUGGAUGAAUUUGGCUGGUGCUCUGAGUGGAAUCCAGCUAUGACAAAGUUAACUGGGUGGAAGCGAGACGAAGUGGUAGAUAAAAUGCUGUUGGGGGAGGUUUUUGGGACCCACAUUGCAUGCUGUCGUCUCAAGAAUCAAGAAUCUUUUGUCAAUCUUGGUGUUGUACUUAAUAAUGCCGUGACCGGUCAUGAGCCUGAAAAGGUUCCUUUUGGUUUCUUUGCUCGCAGUGGAAAGUAUGUAGAAUGCUUGUUAUGUGUAAAUAAGAAAUUGGACAGAGAGGGUGCUGUCACUGGUGUCUUUUGUUUCUUGCAGCUGGCAAGCCAUGAGCUGCAACAAGCACUUCAUGUCCAGCGAUUAUCAGAGCAAACUGCCAUGAAAAGAUUGAAAGCAUUAGCUUAUCUGAAAAGGCAGAUCCGUAAUCCUCUUUCUGGGAUUAUUUUUUCAAGGAAAAUGAUGGAGGGCACAGAAUUGGGACCAGAACAAAAACACCUUCUGCAGACUAGUACCCUGUGCCAGCGCCAGCUUAGCAAAAUACUUGAUGAUUCAGAUCUUGAUAGCAUCAUUGACGGCUACUUGGAUCUUGAAAUGAUUGACUUCACCCUGCAUGAGGUAUUGGUUGCUUCUAUUAGUCAAGUGAUGAUGAAGAGCAAUGGGAAAGGUAUCCGCAUAGUCAAUGAUACAGAAGAAGAGGUCAUGACUGAGACCUUGUAUGGAGAUAGUGUUAGACUUCAACAGGUCUUGGCUGAUUUCUUGUUGAUAUCAGUUAAUUUUACACCAAAUGGAGGCCAACUUGUUGUUGUAGCUAGCUUGACCAAAGAUAAACUUGGACAGUCUGUUCAUCUUGCACAUUUGGAGCUCAGGAUAACACAUGCAGGUGGCGGAGUGCCAGAAGCAUUGCUGAACCAAAUGUUUGGAAGUGAUGGAGAUGCAUCAGAGGAGGGUAUCAGUUUGCUCAUCAGCCGAAAGUUGGUAAAACUCAUGAAUGGAGAUAUCCAGUAUUUAAGGGAAGCAGGCAGGUCAACUUUCAUCGUGACCAUCGAACUAGCUGCAGCAAAUAGGUCCAGAACCUAACUGAUAUUCAUGGAAAUAAUGAGACGAUGGUUUUGUACAGUGAAGGAGAAAUUUGGAGUUUGGCACUGUGUCAUGCCACAGCAUGUGGUUUUUAUUUGUUGAUUUGCACUUGAAGUUGCAGAUAGAGGUAUUUGGAUAAGUUGUGUUGGUGGGAGUGUAGGAUUUGUUUUCAGUUAUUUAGUAAGGGAUUGAAUGGGCCAGUAAGGGUGAGAGGCGUAGUUGCAAUCAACUGCUUGCAUAUUGAAGGGAUUGAAACAUGUAAUUGUUUCAGUGAUAUCUGAUAUGUUGGAGUCAUUUUUGUGUGUUCA